CAUCAAGAAGAGGAGGAGAUGCUGGUGCCGCGUGCAGACAUGGUUGAAGGUCCUCAACCCUUAGUUGAAGGUCCUCAGCCCAUGGAAGUGACGCCGACUGAGAAUGCUAGUGCAGUGGAGAAUCAAGCUGUGGAUGAGCCGCAGGCUUCGCGGUUUACUUGGACAAUUGAUAAUUUCUCUCGGCUAUCAGUGAAGAAGUUAUAUUCUGAGGUUUUCAGUGUUGGUAGUUAUAAAUGGAGAGUGCUAAUAUUUCCAAAAGGAAAUAAUGUGGAUUGUUUGUCGAUGUACUUAGAUGUAGCAGAUUCAGCUGCACUUCCAUAUGGGUGGAGUAGGUAUGCCCAGUUCAGCUUAGCUGUUGUGAAUCAAGUAAAUCCCAAGUAUACUGUGAAAAAAGGUAUUAUCUUGUGCAGUUCAAGUUUGAAUUCCAGAUCUAUUUAUGUUAUUAAUGUGGUAUUUCAGUGUGCUUUGCUCUUCAUUGCCGUUUUAUAUAUUAGGAAGCCUUCUUGUUUGAAGCACUUACUGGGAUUUAUUUUGGAAGAAAGUAUGAAAUCUCACUUUUUAACUGUAACUCAUUCUCAGUUGUACCUUUAUGUUUGUAUGCUAUACGCCUAUCUUAAACUUUCUUUAAAAAAAGGUUUCUUUAUCAUUUCUCGCAUUUUCUUAGGGUUGUCAAAGGACAUGUCUUUUAAGUAUACCUUCAUUUAGAGCUUAUGGAUAUGA